UGUGGCUGGCGUGGUCUUCUUGUUUAUCCCAGCCGAUAAAAAAAUCUGGCCUCCCCCAUGAAUAACUUAAUCCCAAAAAUCUGUUCUUGCGCAGCGACGAGCGGUAGAGGAGGAAGAAGCAAUCUUCUGUAAUUCCAGCGAUAGUUUUUGUAGAGACAAGCACGGGUGGGGGAACAAACCAUAUUUCUUCGGUUUUCCGUCGGGACGCAAGGUAAGCUCGAAAUUUGUGAAGAUUAAUGGUGUUCCUCGAGUUGUAGCAAGCUCCUCGAGUUAUUAAAGACGACUAGGUAGUAGGGUUUAGAGACACCCCUUCCCUUUGAGAUUCGUCCAUUCUCAACAGAGCUCCAGUUUCCACCGGCGGUAAGCCUAUUACGUCUGUUCAGGCGGCGGAUUUUUAUAGGAGUUUCAAUUUAAUCCAAGGAAGGAAGAAAGGAGCCAUAUUUACAAGACAUGGGUAGAAAGAAAAAAUUCAUCGACAAGAAAAAGUCGGCCACAUUCCAGCUCAUGGCCCGGGACACAUCUGACCCGAACUACUCGCCCGACCCAUCUGGAGACCGAGUUUUUGUCCGGGUAGACGACAAUGAUUAUGCACCCGAGUCGUUCAAUGAGGGCGGACCAGAUGGCAACCAUUUGACCUCUAACCCUGACUCAAUUUUUGCCGAUGCCCCUGAAGAUUCUGAUGAUGAUGACUAUGUGACCAAAAACUUUGGAGGAGUGCAAAACCGUAAGGCACAAACGAAUGCUUUGCCGGACCAUGUACGAAAGGAGAUUCUUGAACUUGGGUUUCCGGAUGAUGGAUACAACUAUCUGGCCCAUUUACGGGAGAUUAAAAACACGGGAGGUGGUUCGACAUAUUAUCAGAAUCCGAAGGCUGAUUUUGUUCAGCUUCCAAGGGAUGUUAAGGCCUAUGAUGCUUCAAGGGUUGAGAUUUCCAAGAUAAAUGAUGUUUCUGAAGAGAAAUCAAUCUACAAUGUGGCAUCAAAGACUUUUGGCGUGAGAUUGCAGAAAGUGGUGGAUCCUGACGUGGCAGCUAUGCUGGAAGAUGGUGCCUCGUCAAAGUAUGCUUCUGACAUUGAGGACUUAGAAGAGGAUUUUGUUGUUUGCGCAAAUCUCUUAGAUGGACCAGCAGGUGAAGAAAAUGACGAGAAGUUGAUUUUUGCUGCUGGCUCGAAUUCUGAUCAUGUAAAGAGUCGGGAUUUGGGUGCUUCCGGUGCAAAAGAGGGAGAGAGAAAUGUUUCAGCCUUGGAUAGUGAGAAGCCGAGAGUUCGCCGUCCUCUUGAUGAGCACUUUGAUUUGCUCGAACUCCAGGAAUAUGGUGCGGACAGUGAGGAAGAAGAAGAAGAAGAAUAUGACAGGUACAUGGAUGACGAGGAUAACAAUCAAGAAAUCCUCACAGAGAAGCUCAACAGUGCUUUCAAAGACUGCCCAUCGGGUCUUUUACGUCUCGGUGGCGCCGUGGAAGAAAACGAGCCUCCCGAGCCAACACCUGAGGUGAUUCAGCGGUGCAGAGAGUACGCGGAGAAGUACGAAAAUGAUGAUAAUGACCUUGAGGAGGUUUUAGUCGAGGAAAGCAGUGACGAGUCUGAGGUGUGGGAUUGUGAGACGAUUGUCACCACCUACUCGACACUCGAUAAUCAUCCAGGGAAAAUUGGUGCCCCCGAGGCAAGGAGAAGGAAGAAGAAGCUAGCGGACGAGUUAUUAUCGGGUGCAUCUGUGGACCCCACACGGGCAGUUAUAGCUCUCAAAGGGAAGGAGAAGCUUCCCGUUGACUUUCUGCCGCCACGUGGCAAGAAGCAGCAAGGAGAGAAGACGAAAGACGAGAGGGACGUGAGUGAGAAGAGAGGUGAUGUGUUGAAACAGAAGCCACGGUGUCAAGAGUCGAAGGAGGAAAAGAAAGAAAGGAAGUCUGCCGUGAAAUUAGAACGGCGUGAGGCACGACUGAUGAAGAAAGAAAUGAAGGGUCUGUACAAGUCGGAAGCCCACCGUGCCCAGAAAGUUGCGGCAUUUACGGGUCCAUCUUCUAUUCAUCUUAUGUGAUGGUGCUGCACUCUUGUGAGUUGGUAAGUGUUGCCAUUUAGAAUCUUGUGAUUUUUUGCCACAUUUUAUGUACCCCAGUGUGUUUAUAUGCGGAAAUAUUUGGUUGCACUUGCUUCUGUAUUUCAUGUUUGGUUAUUGAAAUAUGAAAUGAAAAAGGUUGUGUUUGAACUGAAACUUGGGAGUUACACUUACACCAUAGGUUUUCUAGUUCCUUAUAAAGUCGUUGCAUUCUGAACAUUUUUGAGUUGCUAUGGCCAGGGUUUGAACUUUGAACAAUCCUUCCAUUUUUUAAUUUAUCUAUCUUUUUUACCCUACA